UCCGCGUGGGGCCCUUUCGCUCCCAUUACUUCGCCCAAUCACGCCGCGCCACAUCAUCCCACCGCCGGCAACGCCGGCCGGUUCACCCACUCCGUCACCAUCCACUUCUCUUCUUCCUCAUCAAUCCAUUUUUUUAACUAAGGUUAAAAGUCAUUUCUCCUUUCGCUUUACCAAUAAUUCACCGUUUCAGAGCUUUUCCCGUGUGCUUUCGGUCCUUCUUCUCCACAGCCACAAGUUUUCGAGCGCUGACAUUUAUCCUAAUUCUCUCGUAUUUCGAUCUUCUUUGACUUGCAGAGCAAAUUAGCUAGGGAGUUGAAUUGAAUCGAGCAGCUAUGGCGAAUGUUAAUUGUAACCCGAAUUCGGCUUCUGAUACAUUGACACUUGAUGGGAUUAGAGAUUCUUUGAUAAGACAGGAGGAUUCUAUUGUUUUUAGUCUCAUUGAGAGAGCUAGGUUCCCUCUCAAUGGGAAGAUGUACCUUCAUAAUCAUGCUUCAAUUCCUGGAUUUUCUGGUUCUUUGGUUGAGUUCAUUGUGAGAGAAACUGAGGACGUUCAAGCUAAGGCUGGUAGAUAUGAGAAUCCUGAAGAAAAUCCGUUCUUCCCAGAAAAUUUGCCUCGUCCUUUGGUGCACCCUCACAAGUAUCCAAAGGUUCUGCAUCCUUCAGGCGCUUCAAUUAAUAUGAACAAAGCCAUAUGGGAUUUCUAUUUCAAAGAAUUCUUACCAUUGUUGGUUUCUGAUGGCGACGAUGGAAAUUAUGCAGCAACUGCUGCCAGUGAUCUUGCUUGUUUGCAGGCACUUUCAAGGAGGAUUCACUGUGGAAAAUACGUAGCUGAGGUGAAAUUUAGGGACGCCCCCAAUGAAUACGAGGGUCCAAUUCGUUCUCAGGAAAGAGACACUUUGAUGGAGCUAUUAACAUUUAAGGCAGUGGAAGAGCAGGUGAAGAAGAGAGUAGAGAAGAAGGCUAUGGUGUUUGGGCAAGAAGUAACCCUCAACAACACAAGUGGAGGAGGAAAGCAUAAGAUUGAUCCAUCCCUUGCCUCUCUCCUUUACGACAAAUGGGUAAUGCCACUCACCAAGGAAGUUGAAGUUGAAUACCUUUUACGUCGUCUUGAAUAAAUCUAUCUAAGAACUAUAUGUAAUGAUCAAAAUGAACAAGAAUUUUAUCGUAUGAUCAUUUAUCACUUCUUUUGAAAUCUCCACGUCGUCAAUCUUUUGAAAUGCCUUAGUCAA